AUGGCGAGCGUGCGCGCGGAGGCGGCGAUGAAGAUAACGCGGGCGUUGGGUGACGCGGGGACGGGAACGCCGGCGUUGGGGUUGUCGCAGUACGAACGAGAUCUGGCGCGCGCGAAGACGGCGGAGAACAGGGCGCUGCGAAGGGCGCCGCGGCCGCCGACGUCGGCGCGGACGUUCUCGGCGUCGGGGACGCCGCGGCUCGGACGCGAUGCGUCGAACGCGACGUCCGGCGCGCGAAACGCGACGACGACGGGGUAUCCGAGUGAAGACGACGAAGACGCGUACGGGGACGAGCAGGACGGGUAUUCGGACGAGACGGAGCCCGAGCGCGACGAGCGUCUCGUCAUCAAGGGCGUUGAAACCGUGCUCGAGCGAACGCGCGAGCGACUGAUCGAUGCGGAUAGCGAAGAUGAAAGUGUGCUGGGUUACUACAGAUUACCGACGAUGGCGAGCGGUAAGAUUGCCUUCGUGAGCGAGACAAACAUUUGGAUCGCCUCCGCGGACGGCGGCGUCGCCUCUCGAUUGUCGUCGACGUACAGUCGCGAAGGUGUGCCCAGACUUUCCCCCGAUGGCUCGCACAUCGCGUUUCUCGGCUUGACGUACGACGGCUACGACGUAUUCGUCGCUCCGACAGACGGAGGCGUCGCGACGCAAGUCACGUUUGGGGGCAAGACGCAAGACAUCGCCGAUUGGCCCGAGGACAACGAGAUUCUCCUCAUUUCCACGGCGUUUUCCAAGUCGGCGUCGACACAGCUGGUGACUCUCAACCCAGACACUAGAGCGAUGUCGCCGUUGCCGUUUGCCAGAGCGAUCGAGGGCGUGAAAGAAUCGGGCGGAUGCUACGUCUUUGUUCCGUUGCGACAGACGAGCUCGACAAAGCGCUACGAAGGUGGCGAACAAUCGCGCUUGUGGCGAUGGUGUCGUGCCGACUCCGAGGCGAAGCCGCUCACGCCAGAAGAAACGUGGGGCGUGCGGGGAGCAUGGAGUCCGAGUGUUUCUGUCGCGAAGGGCCUCGAGAACUUCAUCUUCUUCAUCAGCGACAAGUCGGGCGUCGCCAACGUGUGGUCGAUGACGACGGAUGGCGAGUUCGCGAUGCAGCUCACGAAUGAGUGUUUGUUUGAUGUUCAAGAAUUUACCGUCGAUGGUGAUGUGCUCGUGUAUCGACGCGGUGGUUCACUGUACCGCCGUGCAAUUUCGGCGCACACGGCGCGCGCGCCCGCGCUCGGCGAGGAAGUCGAGCUGACAUACUCCCUUGUGAGCGAGUUCCGCAAAACGAUGCCGACGGAGAUUGAGGACCCUUACUCGUCAAUCAGUGAACUUGUGUUGACAAACGAUGGCGCUUUUGCCGCGUUUGUGAUUCGUGGUCAGGUGUUUCACUCCGCGCUCGUUCCAUUCUUGGGAACACGCGUGGAAAAGGUGACUCGCUACAGCGGGGCGGUGCGAUACAAGCACAUUCAGUUUGUGAACGACGCCAGCUCAGACGGACAACCCAAACUCUUGGCGCUUUCUGACGCAUCGGGCGAAUACGAGUACGUCUUGCUCGAGCGUCAAAUCGAAGGUGGACCGUGGAGAGAGACGAAGAUCACGACCGGCGGCAAGAUCAAAGGUGCCAUGGAGUUUAGCUCCAUCUCUCCGGACAAUACCGCCCUGUUGCUCGCCGACACGGAUGGGAAUUUGAAGCUCGUCAACUUGACGGAGACGGCGGUGAAUACGGCGUUGUAUCGAACCACGGAACCUGAGCCAAUUUCAGCGAAGCUCGCCAAACGUCAAAGUAAACCGGGCAGGCCGGAUGCAUCGCCCGCGGGCCCUCAGCGCCCUAAGCCAAUGUUGGGCAGAAGCCCCGCCGCGCGCCGCGCCGCGCGCCGCGCCGCGCGCGUCGGAAGACGCGUAUCGGGGCGCCGUGCGAGUCUACACUUGGCGAGCAUCGGCUUGGGGAAAGAAAAGUCCGAUGACAAAGCGUCGUCGGUUUACGCCGAUAUCGACGGCAUAGCGAGUAUUGACACCAUGUUGAAUGGUUUCCGUCCGGAGGGCGUGUACGGCUUGGCGUGGAGCCCCGAUAGCUCGUACAUCGCGUUCGCCAAGGAUGAAGAAAACGAUUUUUCAUCCAUUCACGUGUUGAAUGUGACGUCUGGGGAAAGUACGCGAAUCACGACGCCGAGUUACAACGCGCACAGUCCAAAAUUUUCACCCGACGGCUUGUACUUGUACUACUUCAGCGAUCAGCAAAUCGCCUCGGGCGGGAGUUCGCCGUACGGCGCACGCGGUGCUGAGCCGAUGUUUUAUGAGACGUCUCGAUUGAUGUGUGUUCCGUUGCGUAUUGGCAUGACGUGUCCGUUUUUCAUCGGUGACGAGUUGAAUCCUGAAGGCAGCGUGUUCGAUGCAGAGUUUGGCAAGGCGUUACCGACGAUGAUUUCGACGAAAAACAUCGAGCAGCGAGCGCAAGUUGUCCCCGACUUGCCAGAGGCCCAAUACUUGGGCUUCAACAUCAUCGGCGACGGAAGCGGGAUGCUCCUUACCUUGGUUGAAGAUGACCAGGUCAUCGUCGCGGUGUACAGCAUGUACUCGCGUCAAAUCUUGCCGUUGUAUCCCGAUCCUAUGGCGGUAGUCGUGAGCGGGGACAUGCAAGUCUUCACCCUCGUCACCGAACAGGGUGUCGCGCUUUUGUCCGCCAAGGGCGUAUUACAGCCAGGAUUGGAUCAAGAAUCCGCUCUUCGUGGAGCCGAAGUUUGGUACCCUCCGGACACUUUCGGUGUCAUCGUGAAUCCUCGCGAGGAAUGGCUGCAAAUGUACGAGGAGGCGAUGCGCAACAUGAGAGAUGCCUUCUAUGACCCAAAAUUGCACGGAGUCGAUUGGACAUCCAUCACCGAUCGCUAUCGCCCAUUGGUAUAUAAAAUAUCUGCCAAGGGCGAGUUGCGGGACAUUUUAGCCCAAGCCUUCGGUGAGCUCUCCGCGUUGCACGUGUUCGUAUCCGUUCAUUCUGACGAUCCCGUGCUUCCGCUCGGUUCGCCCUCGGCGUGCCUCGGCGCGAAUUUCGAAAUGACACCGUUGGGUUUGAAAAUCGCGUACAUUCACGAAAGUUCGGGGAUCUUGGAGGCUCCGCAGUCAUCAUUGAGUCGUUCUUCACUUUAUUCGCACGUCAAACUGCAGGCGGGAGACAUCAUCGCCAAAAUUGAUGGCGUUCUCGUCAACUCCACCGAGUUGCCUCUGUCGAAUUUGCUUCGCGGCAAAGCUGGGAUGCAAGUCUUACUCGAAGUCAUCAAAUCGCCGCGGUCGGAGCAGGAGCGAAAAGACGAGGAGGAUUUGCAAAAGAUGAAAGAGUUGCGCAUGAUGCAGCAGAUGAUGGGUGGUGGCAUGGGUAUGGCGUCGUCUCAACUCGGCGGCGCGAGCACCGCGACGAAGACGCUUCGGGAUCCGCACAUGGCGAGCCUGGUUCGUAAGCACGCCACCCCAGGGGCGCCCAGACUUCCGCUGGGUCAGCCGCGGCACAGUGUCGGACCGUUGAAAAACGGUGAUGUGCACGCUGACGCGAAGUUGGCCGGGAAGGAACAUAAGGGCGAUGACGAAAAUGAGCAGCCCGCACCGACAACGGAGAUGAUCAUCGUCAUGCCGCUCAUGCUUGAGGAGUGCGACGUUUUAGAAGCCGCGGAUGCUGUCGUUCAAAAGCGGGAGUACGUGAAGAGCCAGACCAACGACGACGUGGCAUACGUUUACUUGGAAGACAUGGAGCAAGAAGGGCGCGGUUCGAGUAAUUCCUUCGACGACUUCGCCGCUCAGUUUUACCCGAACGUGCGCAAGAAGGGCUUAAUCAUCGACGUCCGUCGCAACGCCGGCGGAAACAUUGACACGUGGCUGCUCGAGCGUCUUCGUCGCGUGGCGUGGAUGUUCGACACCGAACGAAGCGGUGCCGGCGACACGACGAUGCAAUACACGUUUAGAGGCAAAGUUGUCGUGCUGAUUGACGAGCAAACAAGCAGCGACGCCGAGAUGUUCGCGCUCGGAAUUCAACAGCUCGGCAUCGGUCCGGUGAUCGGCGAGCGCACUUGGGGAGGCGCCAUCGGGUACAGCGGCCACCCCGAACUUCGUCUAGUGGACGGUUCGGGGUUCACCAUUCCAUCCUUUGGCCCGUACAUCAACGGAGACUGGGCGAUCGAGCAAAAGGGCGUCACCCCUGACGUUCUCGUGUCCAACUUACCAGUGGCGACGUUUCACGGGAAGGACGCCCAACUCGACGCUGCGAUCGCCUCCAUCCUGGACUUGAUGGGCACCGAAAGCGUCGAAUUGCCGCCGAAACCUACGUAUCCGAACCGUGCGUUCGAUUCCACGUCGUGCGCCGCUGGCGAGACUGGCGUGGACUCGGCGUAUCUCGUCUCCACCCAGGCCGCGCAAGACGACGCGUCGACGCCAGCCGUCGAGUCGGCGACGCAAGUGAUUCAAGCCGAGACCGCGGUGCCGUGAGCGCCACACCAUAGUAUGAUAUUAACAGGCUUAUUGCAGUAGUAGAAU